AUGAGUUUCCUCAGUUCCGUCCUCUCGUCUAUCGAGACUGGUAAACCGACGUCUAUUCCGCCGCCGCCGCCACGACCUCCGGCUCCCGCCGGCUCAGGUGCAGCUCACAAACGUGAUGGCCAGAAACCUGCAUCCGCCUCGGUAAACACGAAUGCAACCACCCGGAGCGCAAACACGACGCCUGCGGGAACGAAGCGGAAAGCAGAAGAACAGCUCCACCGUCCUGACAAGCCGAAUGGUCCAACCGCAAGCAGCGCGACAUCAAAAGCGUCCUCUGCUGCGUCUGCUGCAGCGAAACCCCAGCAGAAAUCAGCAAACAAUGAUUCUACAGCUUCUCAGAAGCCUUCGCCGGCCGCAGUUUCUUCUAAGCCUCCCCCAAAGGGCUCCUUCGCGGAUUUGAUGCUCAAGGCUAAGGAGGUGCAGGAAAAAGCGCCGAAGGUCGGGCUGCUGAAGCAUCAAGCGGUCCCGAAGGAGAAGCUGAGUAAGGCAGAAAAGAAGAGAAGAGUCAUGGAGGCGAUGGCAAAGGAAAAGGAAGCUCGUUUAGCUAAGAAAUCUGCUUCGACUUCGAGUCCGUCUGCUGCCACCAAGGCCAGCGGUAAACCGGGUGAAGGAUCGUCAAUCAAACGGCGCGAGACGGAAGAGAUUUCGUACAAGGGCACGGCACGUCCGAUGCAGCCUGCCUAUAAAGGAACGGCUGGCUUGCCCUCGCGGCACUCGGCGGGCGGUCGCGGAAGAGCCGAACCCCGCCGCAGCAGGCCAUCUCGACUGGACGAAUAUCUUGGAACUGACGAGGAGGAUGAGGGUGAUUACUAUGAUGAUUACGAUGACUACUACUCCGAUGAUUUAUCCGACAUGGAGGCUGGGCUCGAGGAUGUGGAGAGGGAAGAAGAAGAGGCGCUCCGAGCUGCCAAACAGGAGGAUGAAGAAGACAUCCGGAGGGAGAUGGAAGCCAAGAAAGCGAAGAUGGAAAGGAAGAAGAAGUUGGCUGCGCUGGCUUCCAAGUCCAAAUGA